UCAACGCACUCGAGGUUGCAAAUUAAAGUUUUGUGGAAAGUAUAAAUAUGAUUUCUUAGAAUAGAACACAAUCUUCUUACUGCAUGACGUUAUUCUCGACUAUUAAGCGAUCCAAAGCCAUCUUCAUUCCCUUCGAUGGCGUUUGUCGAAAAUAUAUCUUCUGUCGCGAGGCGUCUGUAAAUUUCCAGUUAAUUCUAUAUUAGAUAGUUUGUCAUGAUACGAAUCAGAAAGAUAAAAAAAUGUAUCGGACGGAGUUUGUCAUUCCUUGGGUCCAGAUGCGGGCGAGGGAUGAGCAUACUCUGAAAGCGCGCAAGUUUGAUCCCGUGUUGGAGCCGUUCGCACCUCGUCAUUCGAUCUCGUACUUUAACAAUAAUAAAAAAGAUAGCGCGAAAUCGGCGUACGAGCGUCUUCACAGCGCGGCGGAUUUCGAUCCUGGCAAGCCUCGAUGCGAUCGCACGAAACCCAGCCUUUAUUGGCUCGAGAUCGCGAAGGAGAACAAUGGUCACACGGUUCCAAUGACUUCUAAUCACUGGUACGGUCGACCGAACAGAAUCCAAGUCGACUUUCCUCAGAAGAAAUUCAAUCGGUCGAGCAAAAUGCUGGAGUUCUACAGUCGGUCCGGCCUCAACCUAAUCAGCGACGAGGACGAACGUCGGCCAAGAGUCUGUUAGGCAAACUUUUUCCUCUCAUUUUUCCUGUAACGAUCGAUCAAACGUUCACCGUUGCAUCGAGGUACGGGGCGAAAGAACGAAGAAAACAGACAACCAGUUGCGAAACGUUCCAGAAAGCUGCCGGAGUUGAGAAAAAUUAUCGUGAAACUGGUAAUUAUUACAAGGCCUGACGUAUUAUUGGCGCCAGCAAAGUUCCCUCACCGGUGUUUACACGCGGAAAAUCCGCUUUACGCGUCGCGAUGAAUAAAACUAACCGAGAGAUAUAAUUUCGCGAGUCGCGUGCUGCUGUUUGCAUUUAAUCCGCGCCAUAUGACGAUUCGACUGAAAAAUUACUCGCUCGGCGGAGCACUGUUUGUAGAAAGAAAUUAAUUCGUUUGGAAUACAGUACCGUCGACGUGGCUCGUCCAAUUUUUUUUUUUUUUUUUUUUUUUUUUUUUUUU